CGAUCACAAAAAACCCAGGGCGUGACGUCACCGGCCAUGGCACGCCGCCGCGACUUACGAAAGCUGUCGCCAAAAUGGCGGCCACUUAAGGCAGGCAAUCCAGCGAACCUUGCCCGAACGCACCACGCCGGCGCUGGCCCUGUUGCUAAGCAACGCCACAAGGCCGGGCGGAAGAAGGGAAGGCGGGCGCCGCGCACCUACGCAGUGGCGUCAUCAGCGGAAGCUGGUGGGGGGUGGGUUGGUUGCCGCUUUGUCGGAGCAGGUGCUGCGGCUUGUUUUUGGUGCGGCGUUUAAAGGUCUGCGGCGGCGAAGCCCUUUCCAAGGUGCGGGGGGAGGGGGGAGGCGGCGCGGCGGGGCAAGGGGCGUUGAAAGGCGGUUAAUACGGGGAAGCAACGCAAUGCGUCAUGGGAGAGCGCGGGGCCUAGUGGAGGAGGGGAAGGGUCUGCCCUGUCCUCUGCGGUUGUGGGAGUGGGGCGCGUGAUACUCCGCUGAGGGCCAGUGAGGGGAGACAAGGGACAGCCUGGCUGCGUCGGUGGGUCAAUUUAGGCGGGUAGGUCGCCUAAUCCAAGGUCCCCUGGUGGGAGGGAGAAGCAGAAGGUAUUAUAUUUGAAUGUGUGGGGGUGUCAUUGGGUUUCAGGGGCGCCCCAGGGGGCGAGCUGGUUUCUCCCAUGGGUGCCUUUGAGAAGGAGGAGAGGGAUCUCUCCAGAACCUGUGGGGACAUUUAAGAAUGUGGGGAGGAGGCCGGUUUCAUGCUGGGAGUGAUACCUGGGGCGUUGCCUUCUUGUGGGCAGGCGGCGCUGGAUGGAUAAGAUGAUGGGAUGGUGAUGGAGGAGCCACUUGCUAACCCAUUUGUUUCUGAGAAGUAGAUGUCUCCUGCUGUUUGUCAUCUGUUCCCUCUUUGGGGAGGGAUGGGGGUUGCUGUUCAUGUUAUAAUGUGGGGUGACAGCAGCUUCCUGCCUUUGUGUUAGGUAUAAGAAGAUGGAAGGCACAUUCCUGCUUGCCAAGGGGGUGAAAUAAAGAGAAAUUGCCCCAGUUUUGAUGGGGUUGAGUGAACAUGGGCUCUGGCACAGAGAGAGUAGAUGCAUUAAAGUCAGUUACAAGAAUGUAACUCCUUCUCCUUCAUGGAGAGUUCUGCAAAGGGGAAGGAAUGUACUUCACUUAAAAAAAACAACUGAGGUGGGGGAGCUCAAGAGACAAUAAAUUGAAAUGGGGAUUCUAGUCUUAAGGAUUCUUUAGAUGCCUGUCAUCCAGCACUUAUUAACUUUAUUAAUGCAUUAAUGCUAUCCUUCUGAAGUAAAAGCAUGUGAUCGAGCAUGACAUUUGAUUCGGUUGCUGCACCUUAGCUUGUAUAAAAUAAUAAUUGCAACUUUUCUUGGAGUUGGGCCUUACAAAUUUGUCAGGCAUUUGGGCAGAUAAGCUCAAAGUUCAGUCAUACUGCUGCUGUGGUGCCCUUGCAAUGCCCCCAUCUCUUGUUGAGUGGCUUAUUGGAGUAAGAUGCCAGAGUUAAUUUGUAGUUUAUUUUUUGGAAAGGCUCCUAGUCUCAGUAAUUGUUAGCAUUCAGCAUGGAUAAUGUCUGUUGCUUUUUAACUCUUGCUGCUCAGCCAUCAGUGAGCAGUAAUGUCCAUUCGUUAUUUUCAUUGAAUUAAUUAUGUCAGAGCUUUCAAAACUUUUCAUGUUGGUGACACACUUUUUAGACAUGCAUCAUUUCACAACACAGUAACUCAGUUUUACUAGCAAACUGGAGAUUAAACUAACCCCUUUCCAGCCCUGGUUGGAGUGUGGGGACCGUUUGCGCAACACACCUACACACCUCAACCGACACACAGUUUGGAAGGCUCUGAUCUAUACUAUAGCAUCAGUAGCAAGCAAGACAAAAGUAUGGACUGGAUAAAUCUCUACAGUGUUUUGCCUCAACUGAAAAAGACUUUCCAAGCAGAACAAAAAAUGAUUCACUUUUUUAAAAAAAUCUGCAUUUAUAUGUUAAUAAGUUGAAAUAUUUCUGGACUCUGAUUAGGCCCAUAUCAUUCUGAUGUGGCCUUUCUUAUGUCUCAAGCCUGACAUUAGUGGCUCACUUUGUUUUAUCAGCAUGACUGAGGAGACUGCAAAACCAACCAGACUUUACUUUCACUGGAUAAUCCCUGUGGACUAUGACAUCCGGAUGUUCUCCCAUCCCUUAGUGAAAAUAAACUCUGAAUCCCUAUGCGACCAGCUAAAUCUGCUGCAGUGCUAUGUAACAGUUUUCCCUGGAGAUGGCUGUCAGCUGAUAGGCUGCUGCUUGUGUUUCUGGGGCAGCAGCUUGCAGAGGUGCCACAUGAUGGGCAGCUGGUCAUGAAGCAUUAGCUGGAACUGAGAGGUGAAAUUCAGAGGCAACAGCAGUCUUUGAGUGCUGCAUAGUAGGGGUUAGUUGUGCGUGGCACAUAAAAAUGUGGAACCAUGGAAUAGGCUUUCCUUUUUUACAAUCCUUAAAUAAUAUUUUCAGAAUUUUUAUGCCCUUAUUCAGUUUGAGAUGUUCCAGUCCUAGUUUUCAAUCUCCGUGAGAGAGAUAUAAAUUAAUCUACAAUACAGUGGUGCCCCGCAAGACGAAUGCCUCGCAAGACGGAAAACUCGCUAGACGAAAGGGUUUUCCGUUUUUGAGCUGCUUCGCAAGACGAAUUUCCCUAUGGGCUUGCUUCGCAAGACGAAAACGUCUUGCAAGGUUGUUUCCUUUUCUUAACACCAUUAAUACAGUUGCGACUUGACUUCGAGGAGCAACUCAUAGAACGCAGUGUACAUAGUAGCCUUUUUUGAGGUUUUUAAAGACUUUGGUGAUUUUUGAAGCUUUUCCAAAACUUCUUUUGCAGCCAAGUUAAGCUUUUAAAACUUUUUGGGUUUUUGGAUUUUGGGUUGGGGUGUUUGGAAUUCAAGGACUUGGUGUUGGGGAGGGGUUUGCAAUAAUCUGGAAGCUUGUGUGUCUUUUUUCGGCAUUUUUUAUGAUUUUCUGUGACCAUUGGGCCACUCUGCUGUUUUUAAAAAAAAUUUCUGGAUUUGAAUUUCUGUGUGCUGGGUGGCUGGGGGAACAGUUGGGGAGGGGUCUGCAACAAUCUGGAAGCUUGUGUGGUUUUUUUCUGCAUUUUUAUGAUUUUCUGUGACCAUUGGGCCACUCUGCUGUUUUUAAAAAAAAUUUCUGGAUUUGAAUUUCUGUGUGCUGGGUGGCUGGGGGAACAGUUGGGGAGGGGUCUGCAACAAUCUGGAAGCUUGUGUGGUUUUUUUCUGCAUUUUUAUGAUUUUCUGUGACCAUUGGGCCACUCUGCUGUUUUCUAAAAAAAAUUCUGGAUUUGAAUUUCUGUGUGCUGGGUGACUGGGGGAACAGUUGGGGAGGGGUUUGCAACAGUUGGGGAGGGGCUGGGGGACCAGGUGGGUAGGGGGUUGCAACAGUGGGGGAGGUUGUUGUACCAAAUUUGGCUUUGUUUGGACUUUUUUGACCAUAGGAACGCAUUAAUUGAUUUUCAAUGCAUUCCUAUGGGAAUUCGUGAUUCGCAAGACGAAAAAUUCGCAAGACGAAAAAACUCGCGGAACGAAUUAAUUUCGUCUUGCGAGGCACCACUGUAUAUGCCUUCCAUGUACCCCAAAAGGUAGAUAACAGAAUUGAUACCUUUCUGGUGAGUCUUACAUUUAUCCUUCUUUUUCUUUCUCUUAAAGGCAAAAGGAUUCUCACCCUAGUUCGUCUGGCUCUUCUCUCUCACUAUGGGGGAGCUCUUUCGGAGUGAAGAAAUGACCCUUGCGCAACUUUUCCUUCAGUCUGAAGCAGCGUAUUGCUGUGUCAGUGAGCUGGGAGAACUUGGGAAGGUCCAGUUUCGAGAUGUAUGUAUCUGGCCCUGUUGGUCCACACAAUUUAUUGUGUUCUUGUUUGUGACAACUGUUACCUAUGCUCAAGGAUUUCCCCCUUAUACUAGGAUAUAACUGAAGCAUCUUUAGAUUCUUUGAAGGUGUUAACUAUCAAUGUUGCUGCCUUUUGUUGUGAGUGAUUGUUCCGUGCCCUACAAUGAUCAAGUAUUAAAUUUCAUGCUUGCCUUCGUCAUAAGGUCCUAGUACAGGUUACAGCAAUUUAAAAAUAAAGUAUUAGAAACAGUGUGAAACAAAUUACAAGCGCAAGAAUAGGAUGGGUCCUGAAAAGAUAUCUCAAGUGUCAAAGGGCAGGUGAAAGAGGUACGUCUGCAGCAUACAACAAAAAUCAUGCAGUGAAGGUGCCAGGUUCACCACUGUAGAUAGGUAAUUCUAUAACAAAGGGGCUGCUGCAGAGAAUGCGCUCUCCUGGGCUGCCACUGCUCUCUGAACUUCUGAGGGUGCUGGAACUAACAAAUGGGCUCUUUAUAGAUCUUUUAUUGAUCAGGUAGCAAUCCUUUGCGUUUUCUCUUUGAACAGUUAAAAUGCUCAUGAGCUUUCUGUGACACCAAUAUACGAAUAUAGUUUAUGGUACAGAAGGGUUUGGAGAUGAGCAGCAACUGGUUUUCAGUCACUGCACACAUGUGAUAGAAAUUAUGUUUUGUUCUUAUUGACAGCUAAACCCUGAUGUGAAUGUGUUCCAGCGUAAAUUUGUCAAUGAAGUCCGGAGGUGUGAAGAGAUGGACAGGAAACUUAGUAUGUCAUUGCUUUCUCUUGCAUGUGCAUAGGCCAGGCAAAGGCAGACUCGGCCCUCCAGAUGUUUUGGGACGACAGUUCCCAUCAUCCCUGACCACUGUUCCUGUUAGCAAGGGAUGACGGGAGUUGUAGUCCCAAAACAUCUGGAGGGCUGAGUUUGCCUAUGCCUGGCAUAGGUUGUUGGGGCUAAAUCAGUCUGGGUUCCUUUAAACCUCUCCCCAGAUUUCUGUGGCUAUGCUAAAUAAUCUGCAUGUUGUACAUUGUUGCAGAAAUUAGAACAGGAUCCAAACCACGAGAAUAUGAUAUAGAACGUGACAUGAUAGUUAGCAGCAUAACAGAUAAAAUAGAAGGAAAAUAGAUUCCAAUAGCAGCUAGCAAAAGUCUAAGAUGUCCUUAUAGUGUGGAAAUGAACCCAUAAGGUCAAAAUUCCUUAGUAUAGGUCUGGAGAAGUGACAUGUGAUUAUCUAGUCAUCAUGCAAUUGUUACUUAUUAAGACACACUGCAUCCAUUCUACUAUCAUGAAAUCAGAACAAAAAAAUUAUAUGGUAGUAAUCUACUUUCUUUGACCUGUGAUUUUUAAACUAUCAUUUUGUAGAUUAUUUAAAUGAGAAGAUAUGUUCAUAGUGGAGGUGUUUGUGUGGUCUGGUGGAAUGGGGCAUCAGAUGAUCAGUUGCACAAGGGAGGUAUGCAGAUCCAUGAGGCCUUCUCUCACGUAUAUGAUAUUACAUGCUCGUCUUAAAUCAUCCCCUCAUUACAGUUCUCCCCCUUUUUAGGGUUUGUGGAAAAGGAGAUUAAGAAGGCCAACAUUCCCAUCACAGACACCGGCGAGAAUCCAGAGGUGCCGUUCCCCCGAGACAUGAUUGAUUUGGAGGUAAAUAACACUGUGUCUUGUAAAAUCAUAGCACCUUGGGGUUUUGCAAGGCUUAUUUCUCUUGAUACAGGGCUGUGAAAAGUGAAUAUUGAGUGGGAAAGUCAGAUUGCAGAAGAAAUAGCUAGAACUGGAUGCUGAAUAGAGUUUUACAGAAAAGUCUGGGGGAAUACCCUGACAUAUUUUCCUGGUUUGUUAACCAUGGUUCAGCCAGAGUUCCUUAGUCCAGACAUUAACAAAGAGCACUGGUUUAAUACUAGUCACUGUCUUUGUUCUGUAGGUGGUGCACAAUAGGGGAUGAGGGAAUAAAGUGUUUUGCUCCAGCACUUGUUUAUGACUUCAUAAGCAAUCAUCCAAACAGCCUUGAUGGGAGCCCAGCUUUUAUAGGUCUCUAGUUUUCCAAUAAAGGGAAUCAUAAAUGCAUCAGCCAAUGACAGUUUAGUUACUGAUUUAUAUAAUUUGUUCAAGGGCAUCUCUGGCUGUAAAAGGUAAAAAUAAUAGUUCUUUAAUGCAGAAGAUUAUCUCCAUUAUAGCAUAGAAUUUGAAUUUGGCUAUAGAGAGAUUAAAGGAACUGACAGUUUAUACAUCGAGGAAAAGAUGCGUCUACUACAGCAUGUUGACAGCUAAUAAUCAACUCACUUUCUCUUUACUUCUCUUUUUUCUGCAGGCAAACUUUGAGAAGAUUGAAAAUGAGCUCAAAGAGAUUAAUACCAACCAGGAAGCCCUGAAAAGGAACUUCCUGGAGCUGACGGAAUUAAAAUUUAUACUGCGCAAAACUCAGCAGUUUUUUGAUGAGGUCAGAAUAUCGGAUGUUUUUGCUUCUUAUGCAGCUGGGCCAGCUCAUCACAACCUUCCACUUUUCUUCUUGAGAAUGCUUGUUUAAGUUGCAGUUUUGGGCAGCAGUGCCUCCCCUUGAUUUCAAGAAACUUCUACAAGUUGUUUUCCAUCAUUCAUGCAAACAUACGAGCUAGCCACCCCAUGGCUUACAUUAUGUGCAAUUGCUAAGUGUUCAUGUCUAGGUAAAAUAUUCCUCUGACACCUGUCGGAAUGGUGUAUAAACCUUUGAUCAUGUAGAACCCCCAAAAGAUUCCUGGGGGCAUGAUGGAAAAGGGCUUGGAAAGCAGACCACCUAUCCAGAUUCCCAGUUGCUAGGAUCAAAGUUUCAGUAAUAAGGAAAACUGGAUGCUAGGAUACUUCCAGCCUCAUUUCUGCUAGCUAGACAAGAAAGAAAAGUAUGGAUGCACAGUGAUCUGUCUCCCUCUUUUGAAUAGCACAAUGUUAGAGCAGGUCACCAAGAGCUUUCCACAACCUGAGCUGUGCCUAGGUAUCCGGCUGGGAGUCCUUGAUGUGUUUCAGACUUGCUGCUCAUGCCCUUCAGAUUUCUAGGCACCUGGGCAGCCAGUUGGCUUGGAUUUUUCUAGUCCUGUUAGUCAUUUAGGAAGGGUAGUAGAGAAGGUGGCAGAAGUUAAAAAAUCUGGAUCAGCAACUAUUUUUGACACAUCAUUAAAAGAAUGUCACUAGCAAAUCCAAACAAAUGCUUUUAAAAAGUCUGUGCUUCCAGGUGGUGAUAUGAUGGCACUGAACAUGUUUAGAUUUAUGUUCCCAAGAUGGUAGAGUUAUUGACUCAAUUAAGAGGCUUUUUGCAACAGAUCAUGAUAUGUCAUGUUCAACUUGGGAUAGUUGGAGCCCUGGUAGAGGCCUGAAACCUGUGGUCCAGUAGUGCUACCCUCCCUCUAAUUCAACACUCAGAGAAAAAUGGAUUUGUUAGGUAAACAAAAUGGGAUCUUGCUUUCCUUCUUUGAAAAACAACGACAAGUUUUUUGCUGCCUCUGCUCUUGCUUUGUGGGUGAUAAUGUGGGUGCUUGGGGAAUAUGAUCAAUAAUGGGUCUAAGCUCCUUGUCUUCAAAUGUUGAAAAACAGUUUGUAAGCUGUGGUCGGUUGGGGUGGUGCCUCCUGGACACAUACACACACAUGAGUUGUGCCUUGGGUUUUGCAGCUGCCAUCUAAGUGUGGAAUUUGGUAUUGGAUGUGACAUUCAGCAUCCUGAGAAUCUUGGCUUGUGUAUAUUUUAAACUGAGUGCCUGUUAAGGGUGCCAAGGUAGGAUUGAAAGCAGUGUCCAGUGAAAUCUCAGAAUGUUGAGAGUAAAUUGCACAGGAUAAGCAAAUAUAUAAGCAAAAAUUUGCUUUUUUCUCAGGAGCAUCGAUGGCCAUAACCUAGCUUAAUUACGGAUGUGGCCUCUGGUAAAAAUUAAUUGCUGACCAUGGUGAUAGGGCCUUUCUAACGUUUCUGAUAUGAUCCUUUGCUAUUAACCAUCUCCCUAGCACUAAGGCAGGGGGCUGCAUGGACAGCUUGUUCCAUAUGAGGGGCAGUGCUCUAAUGGUCCUCAAUAAAUACUUGAAGCAGCUGGAGCACUUAGAAAUGUGACAGCUAGGAUUAAGUGGAUAUGUGCUCAACUUCCGCCUUUGAAAUAAAAAUGAAGUUCCUGACCCUUCACAGUUGUGGAAAAACACUUGAACAUGUAGUGUUUGGGGAAGCAUCCAAUCUUUGCGCAACAAGUGCUGGUUAAUUUUACUUUGGCUCGGCAACCUGCAUCUAUGUGUGUAAAUGCUGAGCUUUGUGUUGUUGUAUGGCCAACUUAAGUAUCAUACCUGCUGAAGAGCAACCUUAUGUUGGACUGCACAACACCAGCUACCUAACAUUAAGUUUAGGUCAGUUACGUGAUGAUUUUGAUUUUUGCCAUUUACCACAGCUGAACUUUUGUUUUCAGUACAUUAUCCAGCAAAUGUUUUUUCCAAAUUUUCCUACUUGGGCAUUGCUGGAGUUGCAGUUCUUCCAAGUGCUUACUUGCACUAAAUACGAAGUGUAAAUGUGAACAUUUACGGCAGGAUCACAUGAUGGUGUGCUUCUUCAUAUAAAAGAACAAUCCCUUCUAAGCAGCACGCCUAUUUUCUGCAUACAGGAUAUUUUGUGUGGUGGAACAUCCCAUCUCUGGAACUCCACCUGUAGUCUGAAGUGGUACAUUCCAGACACCGGUUUGGCCACGUCUUCUGCUGCUUAAGAGAGCUAGGCCUUCACUGCUUUUCAGCUUCAAAAUCUAAACAGGGUAUAAUGAAUAGUAGUGCUUGCUGAAUGGUGCAGUUGCCUCUACAAAGUCUCUUUUUAAUGUUUUUAGGAUUGGGGACCCAUAUGAGCAACUGUUUAGACUAAGCAGGCCACGGUGAAUAGUAUGUACUGUGUAACUUUCCACUGAAAUGUAGUUUCCUCAGAGUCAUGAGUUGCUUCAUGUUUGUUCUUUGAAAGAGCUUCACAUAAAUAGAUGAUGGUCCUGUCAGUGAUUCAAAUUUAGGGAGCGGUUUUUAAGGUGGCACAACAGAGCUGUUGCUCAAUCAUCUUUUUUUUCCUAAACCACUGAGAAACUUGCUGCUGCAGUUCAACAUUUGAAGACUUUGUAAAACUUUGGGGGAGUUUGUGAAAUAUUCAUAACUUGACAGCAAGAAAUGGUUUGCAAGGCAAGUCUUUGAUCUGUGGACCCUGAAUUCAGUUGUGGGAGCUGCAGGAGGGAAGAUGGGGCCCGACAAUUAACGAAUGGGACCACAAUGCCAGCGAAGCCAUUUCUUGCCUAUGAAAAAGGACACAAUGGUUUUGAUUCUGCUAAAAUGGUGAUUCUUUUCUCGGUCUUCAUAUUUUUGCUUUGUGAAGAACAGUAAGAACUGGAGAAAUAUCUCUGGAUCUAUUAACCAUAAGUGCCCCAGAGUAGACUGGAAGAAGACUGGAAAAGUAAUGGUUAAUGGCAUGCAGUUUCCAUCUCUUUCCUCUGGAUUCUUUCUUUUCUGUCAUCAUCUUCAGUCCUUAGUUCUCAUUCUCCAUCUGUCAUCUGUUCCUCCUUUUGGUGGUCCCUGCUGCAGUUGUUGCGGACUGUGAAAACUGUAUCUGUGUUUACUCUCGUCAUUCGCUCAAGGGCUUGUGUGUGUGUGUGUGUGUGUGUGUGUGAUGUUUUGUAUAUCCAUUGCAGGAAGACCUUGAGCUGCACACCCUGGACAACAGCUAAAGUAUUUAUAGAGUGCCUCUCAUAUUAAAGAAAAUACUAAGGUGGUGUAAAAGUAAUAUGCAAGUACAAUAAAACAUACAAUGCCAUAUAAAGAUUCUCUUGUAGGAAAGCUUUCUGACUGUGCCUUUCUUCUUCAAGUUGUGGGAUGGUUGCUGCUUGUUGGUAUAAGAGAUGCUGAUACAUUUCAAUCCUCUUUAGCAGGAACUAUCACUGGGCCUGAGCUUGGCCCUCCCAAACAACAAACGAAAGCUAAGACAUUGUCAUUGAGUUGAUGGCAGAAGUGGCACAAGGUUUGAAGCAAGUCUCUACCUCCCUGCCCCUUGCUGACUUCCAUUUUCCCUCCUUCGCACAGGGAGGCUCCCUGUAACAUAAUUUGAGGACUUGUACAAUAGAAAUAAACAUUUUUGUACUUUCAAAUGCAGUUCAAGAUCUUUCGCUUUAAAAAACCCCCAGCCAUUUGUGUUCUCCAUGUACGUAUGUUGGAGGAGCUGUGUUUUAUAGAGUAUGCUGGCAUUUUAUUUCCUGCUUUCUUUGUUGCAUUCCUUGAACAGUCAGGCAGGGGACUUCAGCAUGGUGGUAGGCACAACGAGGGGAGAUUUAGGAGGGAGCAAAGAGGCCUUGAAAGCAAAUUAUCUUUUGUGAAACGGUAUCAUGAAUAGGAGAGAUGAAAAUGGAAGAAAUAAGGCUGGUUGGCAUGAUACUUCUUUCUGCCAGGAUAUCAUGUGAAUCCUGCGUAUGCAUUUCUUACAUGGGACUUACCUACACAUCUGUUUUGCUACAUGUAGAAUGAAAUAGAUAGGGGAAGAUCUCACCCUAGUCUCUCACUCUAGACUCUUAAUGGGCAGAGCCAAGGUGGAUAGUACUUCCUCAGGCUGCCCACAGCUGUGACCCAUUCAGCUGUCCUCUCCACAGCCCAGUUCCAGGUGCAUCAAGUUUGUUGAGUUUCCUAGGAGGUCCAAAGGAUGGGGAACAGGGGGCCCCUCCACUCACUGCUCUUUCUUCACUCUCUGUCCUCUCCUUCUUGAAGUAUUGUAACUGUGGAUUGGAUGGGGAACCUGUGGCCCUUCAGAUGCUGUUGGACUCUCAUCAGCCCAAGUCAGCAUGGUCAAUGGGCAUGGAUGAUGAGAGUUGUCAUCCAAUAUCAUCGGGAGAGGUCACAAGUUCAACAUCCCUGCUAUAGAUCAGAGAAGGAAUUGGAAGACCAGGGGAGCAUAUUUCAGCACGCGCCCACCUUAUUACCCUGUUGCCGAAAGCUUGUGCUUUUUACAAUUUCAGGGAUAUUUUAGGAGCCCCUUUGUAUUCUGAAUAGCAAAUCAGUCUGCCUGUGCUGCUGGACUGUGGUCUGUUCUCAUGGCCAGUUGCUUGGUCUGAUAUGUGUGUCUUCGGAUUCUCAUGCCCCUCAUUUGCAGGAGCCCCUUGCAUGCAUGUUGAAAGGUGAUGUCUUAUUUUAAAGCUACAUCUGCUUCUUUUCUCCAAGUGUUUUCUUUACCGUAUGGGCUGUGUCAAGGUGGAAAUGAUUUUGACUGUUUUGUCAUGUUAAUGCUGCCUCUGAGGGCGUAGCAUCAACAUCCUUCCUGAGCUAUAUCAUGAGCGCUUGCGCAAGUUAAGUUUCCAUUAAGUCUUAGCCAGCAAGUUACAGGGGGAAGUGAUUAAGUCGUGAAUUCCGGCUAAAAAGAUGAAGAGCUAAAAAGAUGUUUUAGAGGAAACAAUUCAUAAAAGAAAUUAAAUAAUAAACAAAUGUCUACAAAUGUUCUAAGUCAUGCAUGCUUUGUUUGAAAUAAAGCAUGCUGGGGGAAAAGGGUGUCAAAAGUCCCUUUUGUGGGGUUCACCCAAGGUGCAGAAGUAGCAAGCUAUUUGCAUUUGGGGGAUAUAAAAUUAUCUUGUUCCUCUUCAGAUCUUUCUGCAAGGUCAAUCUGGUCAAAUAAAUUGGGGCUGUGUAUGUUCUGUACAAGCACAGAAUUUGGUAUAAGACAAGAUUAUGCUGUAACUUCAGAACCGGGCUUCUUGAACAUAUUGAAAUAAAAAGAAAUAAUAAAAGCCCUUUUCUAGCCAUAAUGGCAGAGUAUUCUUGGAAGUGUGUGGGCGAACCCUGCUGAAAUCUCGGAAGCCAGUGAGGAUUGCUAAUGAGAUUUCUAUUAUUUGUCGCUGGGUCCUCCAUGUUCUUCGCCACGUACAGCUAGCAAAAGCAGAAUAAAUUGGACAGAGCAAUCACAUUUCAUAAUAAAUCAUUCAUAAUAGAAUAUUAUGAUGAUUUGCCUAAGUUCUGAUUCAGCUUGCAGAAUUCUGGUUCAAAUUUUUAGGGCCUGGUGUUGGGUAUAAGCACCCUAAAAUCCACAUAUUUCUUAAAGCAAUCUUAAAUCUUUUUUAUUACUUUAAACUUUUGUAUGUUUUAAAGUAGGGUUUAAAUUUUUCUUGACUUUACUGUUUCAUCUUUCGCAAACCACUUUGAAGUUUCUUUUUCCAAUCAAGCAGCGUAUACAUUUUAGUAAGUAAGUAAGUAAGUAAGUCAAGCAAAGGUUUAGACCCCUCUGGUCGUGAAACUAGGCAGGAAAAAUACAUAGGAAAUACCUGCUGAAAUCACAGAAAAUGGAAUAGAGGCUGGGAGGCUUCCCAGGACUGAGCUUCAGUGCCCUACAUAACUCUUGCUAUUCCCUGUUAGUAACAGAAGCAGAAUAAAUUACAAGUAGGUAGGCACUUUAGUUUGCUUAAUCAUAACCAAUGACACCUAACUUUGUUUAGUGUAGAAUAUGGUUUAAUUUAUGGCAGAAUUUUGAUAUUUUGUUAUCUUCUCCCUAAGGUUCACAGUAUACACAGCCCUGUGUAUAUAGCAGUGUUUCCCAAACUUGAGUCUCCAGUUGGACUACAACUCCCAUCAUCCACGACCACUGGUCCUGCUAGCUAGGGUGAUGGGAACUGUAGUCCAACAAGAGCUGGAAACCCAAGUUUGAGGAAGCUGGUAUAUAUUAUCCAGUUCUUGGCCAGACAAUCUCUUGCCUUUCUUCCAACUUCUAUGUACAUGUUUCCUUCUCUCUAUUGAGCCUGGAGCAUCUUUGCUGAGGCUGAUAGCAUACACUAGAGUACAGAGCAGCUGCAUAGUGGUUGCAUGGUGGCAUUUAAAGGGGGGGGGGACUCCUUUUUCAAAAGUCUGUAGAGGCUUGAAUGAGGGAUUGCCCGUUUCCCACCAUAUUUCUUUGGAGCUUAACUUGCAGUUUUUAUGUCCAGCUUGGAAGGUCUGUGUUUCGCAAGCAUCAUGUCGCUCUCCCUCUGUUGGCUUUGUGGAGAUGCCUUGCUCACCUUUUCUUCACAUCCUCCUAGAGCCUUCUCUUCUUUCAUUUUUUCCUCCUUUGGUAUUUCUUUGCUUCUCUCCAUCCAUCUCCUGGUUCCUCAUCCCCCUGCAUGCCACUAACUAGUUUCAUUAGAUGUUAAUUGAUUUGUGAAUUCAGGCUGAAUUGCAUCAUCAGCAGAUGGCGGAUCCCGACCUGUUGGAGGAGUCUUCGUCUCUGCUGGAGCCGAGUGAACUGGGAAGAGGAACCCCGCUACGAUUAGGGUACGUGCAACUUUCACUUUUCAGCAGCGUCGGUUGUGUUCUAUAGGAUCUCUUCUGCACGUCAGGCAUGAUUGGUUAAGGCCGUAGGACUUGGGUUUGCAUUCUUCCGUACUAUUCUUGAUUCCUUGGAGGAGAGCAAGCUAUUUCUUGGUGUUAAUAUUAUUUAGCUGAAUCUGAAUUAAGUUGCACAGUACUAGAUCUGAUUGAACAGGAUGCAUCUCGUGCCAGAUUGUUGACAGAAAAGCAGUUAACUGACAGCAGUUCCAUUUUUGUGUUUUUGGAAAUGUAAAGAACUGAAUAAAUAUUGGCCCCAGGCUGUGCAGAUAAUAUAGAAUUUCUGUAGCUUAUCAGUUUUCACUCUUCACUCUAUCUCCUUGUAGUGUUGCUUUGAUAUUUAGAUAGCCUUGACAGCUGCUAUGGAUGCCUUUUACGUGCACCAACAAUUGAUAAGCAGAGUUCUAGAUUUACACAGUAGUGGAUUUUGUUCAGAUUCUGAAAGGCUGACAUGGAAAUAUUUUCAGUUAAAGAUCUACUGAAUUUGUCCUUAUAUUAGCAUACAAAAUUCAGGCAAAAUGACAAUCCUGUGUGUUUUUCUGUCUGCAUGAAUUUUGUUCAGCUUCCAUUCUCAUGUUUGAUUUCAUGUAGUAUUGUACUUGAUAUUCACUUGCUUUAUUUUCUGUGGUGCAGCUUAGUUUUUUUUAUAUAAUUGCUGAAGAACGAAUUGUGUUAUAUGGACCAUUUUAACAAAUAGUGUUCUGCAGCAAAUUUCCAGCCCCUUGAGAAUGUAGCUUCUUUAGGUCUUAUUUCUAUAACAUUUGCUAAUUUUUGCCUCAGCUCAGAUGUUAAUGCCAAUCACGCUUUGAACUAACUAUCUAGAACCCAUAAUGGUUUGAGGUUCCGAACAUACAGCAGGUAUACUAUGUGGUGUGUAGAGUGCUUGGCUGCUUUUGUUUUUCCUUUGUCUCAACACUCAGUGCCAUAAGAUUAUGCCUCUCUCCUUGGUGUAGCAGUCUUUGGGAGUAGACUGUAACCUAUAGCUGGUCAAUUCAGACACCACACCGCAAACCAUGAUUCGCAAAUCCACCUCAAAGCACGGUUCCCCAUCCUGCUUUGCUGGUUAAUUGUGAAACAAGGGUUACCAGUUUAUAUGUCAUGCCAAACCAUAGUUCUGCUUCCUUAGCCACAGUGUGUCAAGCCUUUCUAUAGGCACAGCACAAAAGAGCUAAAGUGGCUUCAUCAUCAUCAUCAUCAUCAUGCUCCCAACAGAAUAUUAAAAAUAGAAUCAAGCAUUAAAAACUUCCCUAAACAGGGCUGCCUUCAGAUGUUUUCUAAAAGUCAGGUAGUUCUUAAUGCUGGAAGAAACAGAGUUUGAAUCCUACCACCUUCUUUUUUUUACUAAAAUUGCACAGACAGUGGCUUGUUUCCCUUUCACAUUCACCAAACCGUUCAUGUUGGGUCCCUCUCUUGCUUUCUGUUGCCUUUACAGUAUCUGUCUGUGUUUCUUCCAGGCCCUGCAGUGAACAGAACAUUGCUGAAUGCGUACUAAUUUCUUUUAUUUUUGUGUGACUUCCAUUGUGUUCAGAUUUGUGGCUGGUGUCAUCAAUCGUGAGCGGAUCCCUACCUUUGAGCGGAUGCUGUGGAGGGUGUGUCGUGGAAAUGUCUUUUUGCGUCAGGCUGAAAUUGAAAAUCCGCUGGAGGACCCUGUGACGGUAUAAGGACUGCUUUUGCAGCUGUGGGCUGUCGAGAUGAAAGCUUGCAGUCUAACUUCUUACAGUGUGUUCUUCUUAACAAAAGCUUGACUUCUGUUGUGGAUCAGGGAGAAGUCAUAUUUUAAUUGGAUCUGAAAUAUAACUGCCUGCUUGCUUUGAAGCCAUUUGAUAAUGCCCUCAUUAUGUGGAGGUGUAAGAUUGUGAAAUUUUAAAAGUGGUCUUUUCUUUUGACAGCUUAACAAUUCACUUAUAGAAGUUACCUUUUAUCUCAGUACCCUCAAAUACAUCCUCAAAAGAGUUUUAAAUCAAUAUCCUUAAAAAGAUAUUCUCAGUUGAAGUUUUGGCUAUGUAUGGUUUUAGUCUACUAAAGAAGAACAUUAAGCUAGAUGAAUGAGCUCAAAAACCAAAUGCUCUCUAAAUAUUGGAUAGACUUGAUUUGAGUACAUGUUUGCAUAUUCUAAUGUAGGUGUGCUGUAAUAAUUAAAUUUGUCACAUGUUUUAAAAUGUAAUCAAAACGGAUCCUGAAACGCACCGUUAAAUGACACACAUGGACCUGUUUUUGUUAACUUAAACAACUAACGGUAUCAGCAGGGUUAGUAGUGAGGACAAAUAAUGGUACCCAGCCAGAUGGGCGGGGUAGAAAUAAAUUAUUAUUAUUAUUAUGAGAUAGUAAGUAGUAUGGAGCUUGAAUAAUGCCAGCUACUCUAGAGUUUGGGCUCAGGGGUUACCCUAAGUCUUGGUAAAUGCUUCCAGGCAGGCUUGACUCUUGGGUGUCUUGUUUGAGAAACCAAACACCAGUUACAAUGAAGGUGAAAUUAGGAUUUGUGAAAAGUUCAGAUGGGUGUGUGAGAGGCAGAAAAGAGGUCUCUCAUCCCCCCACAACACAGUUUGAAGCCCCUAGUCAAUGUUUAUUUUGUUCCCACCACCUGUCUACUAAUGUCCAAGAUAAGCAGAUCUUUUUAUUUUUCCUUCAUUUGCAUGUCUGUAUAUGCUGCAGAAACCAGCUGUUUGUGGGGUGGGAUAUAUAUUUUUAAAGCACAGUCCCAGUUUAGGAUUCAGAAUGUCUGUCUUAGAGAAGGCAGUCGGAAUCACAGCAAUCAGAGGAAAGUGUAACGGACAACAAGGUUGCACCCACCCAAUGCCCCUAUUCUCAUCAAGGCUGCACAAAGUUUCCUAAUGGUGGUAGCCCGGUGUCUUGUUCUUGAACAAAUGCAGGAAGGGGGGGAAGUCGCUAUCUGAGCCCAGCCAGCUGCCUGAAGAAUGCACUUCUGGCCUCCCCGGAGAGUUCAAGAGUUUGGACUCUAAAGUCCACCGCAUACAUCAGUUCCUUUCCAUUCACUCCUUUUCCUUCUGCUUGUUUACUGCAGAUCACGUCCUUGUUCAGCUGCUAGGCUUAUCUGCCUGGGUUCUCUGGUUACAUUGCAAUUCCUCUUUAUACCAGCCAAACUUAAUUAGAUAGGGUUAUUAAUCUCUGCUUCUCCUCCCCUGUCCCCCUCAAUUAUUCUGCAAAAGCACAAUGAGUUUAGUUUCAGUAGCCUCUCCCUGGAACACGUAUGAGAGCCUUGCAGGGUCUGAGGUGGAACUGGAUACAUUUUGAAAGGCUCCCUAAUGCUACAGAUGUUGGCAGGCCUCUGGGUGUGUGCGUGUGUAGUUGAGACCCAGGAAAUGGCUCCAUAUUAGUGUUAAAGGUUUUGAAGGCCUAACCCCAGAAGCUUAUUCCGCUGUUUUUUGAAGGCUUCUCUCUGCAUUGGUUUUCCCCCCCCCUCUCUUCUAGGGGGACUAUGUGCACAAGUCGGUGUUCAUUAUUUUCUUCCAAGGUGACCAGCUGAAAAACCGAGUCAAGAAGAUCUGUGAAGGGUAAGCAAGUUGGAAAUACGGGAGGGUCUUGGAGUUCAAGCAGCUCAUUCCAAAUUCAUGCAGAGCUGGCUUUCAAGUGGUGAGCACUCCAUCAUAUUAGCUGUGUUGUCACUUUGUCACUGAGCAGACUGUGUGCCUUUCAGAUUCCGGGCGUCUCUCUACCCCUGUCCAGAAACACCACAGGAAAGGAAGGAAAUGGCUGCUGGAGUCAACACCAGGAUCGAUGACCUUCAGAUGGUAUGAAUGAUGCGGGGGUGGGGAACGAUCAGGUUUUUCCCCUUGGUGCUCCUCCUGAGCUCUGAAUUGUUCUCUUUUGUGGUUUGCUAUCCUCAGGGAAGUUUAUCUUCAAUUGUAUACUCUAAUAGGGGGGUGUGGUGUUCAUUGAUCUAAGCGGACAGAUAAUUUGGCUGUGAAAGCUAACUGCCAGGUGUCCCUAGAAUCAGGUGUGGCUUUAAGCACCCUCCUGUUGCGCCUGUUUUCCAGUGUCUUUUUAGGCUGCAGCUGCUGUCAGUGCACAUUUCUUUACUGGACAAGAGGGGUAAACUGUCCCUCCUUCUGUCAGCAAGCUUCUGUGCUGCACUUGUGAAGUUCACAUGCUCAAGUAGCACCGCAGGAAUUAUAUGUGAGCGUUGGGCAUCAAGCAAAACAAAGAACACACACCAUUCCUUCUUCCCAGUAACGGUCCAGUUAAGCAACCAUUCCCUACUUUUGACAUGUUGGCUCUGGUCCAAAAAAACCCCCUAAGGCUAUAACUAUUUCCUUAAUGAAGUGUUUUUAGGCCAUAUCUCAGGGUAGAUACCCUCACAAGGCUGCUUACAAUGGUAAACAAUAAUAAAAAUAGGUAAAAUAAAAACAUCUAUUUAAGGAGCUCCAGGUAUACAUGAUUCAAAAUAAUUUCAAUUUCAGCACUGUAAUACCACCAACAGGAAAAAAGCAAGGUGAUAUAGAUGGUUUUUAAAAAUCCUGCAUAAAAACGUUAAUACUGAUCUUAGUGAGUAAAGAAUGCAUAAAGGUGGGGUCACUGAAAAUGCUAUUGUGUGCCUGCCCAACCUACUUGAUCUCAAUACACAGGCAAGAUCAUAUGGCCGAAGAAGGUCCUUUCGGUAACCUGGUCCCAAUACUUUUCCAGUGUUCCUUGUGACACCUGACUAAGCUUCCCUGAAUGAGACAUCCUUUACUAAGUCAUUUCAAUCUGCUUCCCUGGCUGGGUAUGCAACUUUGGUAGCCUUUGUAGACUAUCUUCUCCUGGGAAUUGGCAGGGCAAAUUUCUACUUGCUGAUUCUCUUAGACCUUGGAGGUUUUUGGCACUGUAAGGCACCACAUCUCAUUACUUGAUUUGGAGCUUCUAGCGGGCGUUCAAUGCCAGCCUUGAGUUGCUUUUGGUUUCUCUGGAUGAUUUCAGACAGUAACCUUUGAAGAAUGCCAAGCCUUCUGCUUACUGGCUAUUUUGCAUUCAGGGGUUGCAUUUGUCUCUAGCCAUUAACUCUACUGGCUAGCUUCUUGGCCCAAUUCAGGGAGCUAACUUAACCUGAGAUACCCUAGUCUUGCAGAGCCCCUCUUCUGCCUCAACAUAUUUUUCUUUAGCAAAGGCCCUACUGAAGAUCCUUUCCGUGAGAAAAAAAAAAAAAAGGUAGAAUUUGUCACAGUACAUUGGGCUCAGCCAUUGCCCUGAGGCAAUGGACUGCAUUUCUUGUGGAGGUAACAAAUGCAGCUCUGUUUAGCCCCCUGUAAAGCGCUAUUUGUGGUCAUUUGUUGGUUUUUGGGUACUGUCAGAAGCUGGUCUUGCUAUAGCUUCCAGAGUGGUUAUAUUGUUUUAGUCUUUUUAAUAGACUUAUUCUGUGCAUAUGGUCAUUUUUCACAUGUAAAGUUUUGAAGCAAUCUGGUCUUUUUCACAAGAAGUUGAGAAACUCCCCACGCAGUCUCUCCCCACCCCCCACCCCAUGCUGCAUUUUUCCUACCAAAUGCCAGCAGAGGUGGGGCAGGGGUGAACAUUCUCUUACUGGGAAUGCAAGCAAUUUGUUCUUUUGGCGUACUCGGCAGGGAUGCUGUGGAAUAUGUAGCAUAUGUAACUGCAACAGCACGGUUGGAACUGCAGAGCUCGUGAGCAGGGGUGGUCCUGUUCACCCCCGUUUUUCAGUCUUCCUCACCACUGCGUAGUUAUUCCCUCCCUCUGCCUUCAGCUAAACAUCUUGUUGUUCUUGGGCUGGAAGGGAUUUGUGGGAUUGUACCAUGGAGGCAUGGACAUGGUUGUCUGCUGCACAACAAAAAACAUCUGGGGGAGGUGGGGGGAGGGAAGAUAUAAAGUUUGUAGCCUGUAUGGCUGCAAAAAUAGGAUCUGAAAAUAUGUGAAAUCUCAAGCUAGAGUGGGCUAAGUAAAAUUUCCAUAAAUGAUAGGGUAGAUAAUGAUAAACGCCCCAUUUGAGUCUCAUCUUUCCUUGGUUAAUGCAAAGCAGAAUAAACAUUGCACAUUAAGACUAUGGGUAAUUGCAUUUAUUUCAAUUGGAGCACGUAAUUCCCUGUUUUCUGGAUGCAAAAUCUGUACUAUCCACAACCACAGUCUUUGUUCCAGGCUUCCUGUAUCUUCUGUUACAGCAGAACUCUCAGAAUUAGACUGUGUUGGAAUGCAGUUCAGCAUCUCUUGAGCCUGGCCUUAUGUGACACGGUCCCUCUUUCCCUUCAGGUGCUGAACCAAACCGAAGAUCACCGACAGAGGGUCCUGCAGGCUGCUGCCAAAAACGUCCGUGUCUGGUUCAUAAAGGUGCGCAAGAUGAAGGCUAUCUACCACACCCUGAACCUCUGCAACAUUGAUGUGACCCAGAAAUGUCUCAUUGCCGAAGUCUGGUGUCCCGUUGCUGACCUUGACUCCAUCCAGUUUGCCCUCAGGCGGGGCACAGUAAGUACAAUUCAUACCACUCUGGCUCUACUGCUAUACCCUGAAAACACUGCUGGUGCACACUUCCAGUGAAAGCAUCUUUAUAGGCAAAACAUGGGGGGAAUCUCAUUGGUCUUGGAAGCAAAAUCUGCUGCUUUUCCCAAAAGACUCUUAGUUUUUGGAUACAGGUGUCUUGAGUCUAAACAGGACUGCAUAAUAGCCGUGGCCACUUUCGUGUACUGCUCUGGCCUUGACAAACAUGCUUCUUCUCCAACCCUGAUAUUUGUGUGGAUAUUUCAGUCGCAAUCUAUUUCUUCCCCUUUUUGUCUCCACCCUCUAAAUGGGAGAAGAGCACAGUGCACUCAUUUGAAAUCUGUCUGACUUUGAAAACAAACACGGCCUUUGGCCCAGAUUCCUCAUUUCUUUCUGAAGGGAAGAGACUCGCCUAGAAUUUUUAGCCUAUAAGAAAGAUACACCCACAGCUUGGAUCCCCUUUCUGACUCCAUAGCGUUAGGACAACUGAAUUCUUCUAGUUCUGGACUUGUUUGGAUGGUGACGAGUAGAUCUUUUCCACUGGGUUUUAAAAGCUCGUCUGACGCGCUGUUUGUUUUCACAUAAUGCACAGGACAUUUUAAUACACACACACCUUCCUGCCUUUAGGCACUUGACUGGGAGAGGGACUGGAAUACAUUAAUUGAUUUGCUGUUAGAGGCUCAGAAGCUAAUCCAGUCCAAUCUUUCUUGCCUUCGGAAACAUGCCUGAUCAUGUAAUUUGCAUCCGUCGGAAACAAAAUGCAGCUGUGCAGGGAGCCUGCAGAGUGGCAACCUACAAGAGCUUUCUAAACGAUUAGGAAUAGUGUUGAUAAGUUGAUCUUGGUUUCUGCUCCACAACAAGCUAAUCUCUCUAACCUCCAGUGUGUUUGUGUGUAACAGGAGCACAGCGGAUCCACUGUCCCCUCCAUCCUGAAUAGGAUGCAGACCAACCAGACGCCACCCACAUACAACAAGACAAACAAGUUCACCGCUGGGUUUCAGAACAUCGUAGAUGCCUAUGGCAUUGGAACCUAUCGUGAGAUCAAUCCAGGUAAUGGUGUCUGGCCUACUAAAAGCAGCCUUUCCCUCUAGCACCUGAUAAAUUGUUGAAGAAGCUUGAUCUGUUUGUUCUCUCUGGCUUGUGCAUCUGCAUAACCCUAUGUGGAGAGGAACUGAUGUUGCUUGGGGUGGGGGAGGGUUGACUCUUAGCAAAUAUGACUGCAGCAUAGAUCUCUUCACCACCACCACCACCCUCAGAAACUAAACAGAUUUAUGAACAUAGUGAACCAAAUCCAUAUAGAACUAAGGAAGCCAAGGAGGCAUGCGUCUGGAUGGGAGGCCGCCUCGAACCCCAUGUAAACUGCUUCUCAGCUUCCUUCAGAGGGAGAAUGGGAAGUAUAAUGAAUAAUAAAAAAGACACAAAACUUUACGGCAUUUUAAGGUAUGCUUGUCAAUCUUCUUGAGGCAUGUGUAGAAUGUGAUUAAUAAAUUAAUAAAUAAAAUAGAAAGGGAGGUAUCAGCAGGCUCAUGGGAAAGUCGAGAUUUGUAAAAGUAGGAAAAAUAUUUAGGGGAUCCCCCUACCCCACAAAAAACAUCCCACAGUUAAUUAAGGGCUGAGCAUGCACAAUAGGUACAUAAUGCUGGCUGGCAGGGUAGAACUGAGAAUUGGAAAAGGAUGUGGAUGGCUGGAACCCUGAAUAGGAACACUUCACACUGCAGUAUUUUGUUGUAGCUCUCACUUGCCAUGUCUAACAUUCAUUGUUAAAUGACAUCUCCAUGAAUUUAGUAAAUCCUUUCUUGGGGAAAUAGGCAGUUGUGCUAGUUCAUACAGGAUACAUUAGCAUUUGAAAAAUAAUUAGGUUUGAAAUACAUUGUCUUAUCCCAAGCUAGUUAAUUUCCCUUACCUCAGAAGCAGAAUUGCUCCUUUGCUAGCUUAACGCAGCAUCUCCUUCAUGAAAACUAAGCAACUUCUGUAGAGCAGAAGGACAAGCAAGGGUUGGGGGGGUUUUCGGUCAGAGAGAAAGAAGGCUCUGUUAGAGAGGGAUCUGAGCACCGAGAAGGGGAAAUGAGUGAGCUGAUAUGUCGGCUUACUUUUUAAUCCAAUUUAAAUGAGAGUGAAGCUCAUUUCCUUACACAAGGACUUCUGUGAAAUAUUGUAAAGCUGGAUGUGGUGGCUUUUUUCUUCAGGGCAGCAUAGGCUUGUGAAAGAGAGAACGUCUAGUCUUCCGAGUCAGUUGCGCAGAGUUCAGCAGAAUGGCCAAGUAGCAUCCUACAGCCCUGAGUGGUAUGAAAAGAAGACGUAGUAGUAGCCUGAGCAGAACAACUUUAUUAAGGCUACUUAGUUAGGUGCAUUUAGCAGUCUACUACACAGUAUAAUAUCAUCCACUUUGAUAUAUCUAAAGAUAUGGCUGAUAUUUGCCCAGAUUUCAAGUAUUCAUUGCAUUUACCGCCUAAACAAAUUGCCAGUGAGACAGUGGAUUUUCAGAAUGCACUAAGCCAGCUCAUAUAAGGAGUCCAUAGGGCUAGCGGUCCAGAACUGGUCCUGGGACGGCUGCCUCUCCCAAGAGAUGGGCUGCCUUGUCCAUCAUGCACUUACCUUCACUUGCAUCUCCCCCCAGCUCCAUACACUAUCAUCACCUUCCCGUUCCUGUUUGCUGUGAUGUUUGGGGAUGUCGGCCACGGAAUUCUCAUGACGCUGUUUGGUGUGUGGAUGGUGAUCCGGGAGAGCCGUAUCCUGUCACAGAAGAGUGACAACGAGGUAUUGAUGGCAAACACACACACACACACCCCAAUUUGGGCAGGGUGUGGGUUGGGAUGAAAGUGAAAGUGGAAGAUCAGUCUCCGGCUCCUUGCGAAGUAUUUGAUUCCAUCUUCAAUAUGAAGAAUUCAUUGUAAUCUAGAGAAUAGCAAGAAUUAGCGAGUUCCUUUCCUGGCAGAGUUGCGACUUUUGCAGCCUUUAAUAAGCGUCCAGAGAAAAGCUUCGCAUGCUGCCAUAAGGCUAGUAAGCUUUGAGAGGUCCUAGAAUUUGGUCUGGAGAAUGGCAGGGGUGCAAAUAAGCUUCACUUAAUUUAGUCACAUCUACUGGGAACUUGUUUGGCAUUCAAAUUUGAAGAAGGAAGCUUUGCACUUUCUGGUGUUUUUCUGCCUUCUUUCCCUGGGCAGAGCAGGCAGGCGUUUUCAGUAUGUUCUCUGUCCUUCUGGAUCAGGCCUGUGGCCUCUCAAGCCCCGGAAUAAGGUGGACAGAGAUUUCCCUUGUCUUUGGUCGCAGUGUCCUUCUCCGAGGGGUAACAGUGGUGGGGAGACAAGAAUGUCUUGAUUAUGCAACUCAUAUUUUUUUAUCUCUCUCUCUCCCCCCCCACCGCCUCCACCCCCAAAUUCUCUUGCUCUUAACUUGUUUACUGGCCAGAUGUUCAGCACCAUUUUCUGCGGCCGCUACAUCAUUCUCCUGAUGGGUUCUUUCUCCAUUUAUACUGGCCUGAUCUAUAACGACUGCUUCUCAAAGUCUCUCAAUAUGUUUGGCUCAUCCUGGAGCGUCCGGCCAAUGUUCUUGAAAUCCAACUGGACGUAAGUUGAUGAGAUGCUCACAAAGGCACAAGGAAGGCCUGUGAAGUGCUCACUCUGAGCAGUGUGCUAAUGCGGGAGGGCUGGGUGGGAAGAGGACAUGGCAGGGAUGCAGCAGCACCUCCUAUGUGACUAGCACAUUCUCUGUGUGGAACUAAAGAACCUGAGCUGUUUCCCGCCCCGCCUCCCCUGCCCCCCCCCAGCUGUGCCAAAGAUGCACUCCACUAUAGUGCCUGUGUUGUACUCCUCCAGUCAUUCUUUGUUUAUAGCUUUCUGCUCUCUUGCCCACAGAGAAGAUCUUCUCAAGGAAUAUCCUAGCCUUCAGCUAAAUCCUGCCAUUGAGGGUGUCUUCGGCGGGGCAUACCCCUUUGGCAUAGAUCCGGUAAGAGCACCUCCUUGCAGCUACUGUUCACGAGUGGAGCUGUUUGUUUCUUGAACAGCAAUUGUUGAUCAGGGUGGUAGAGUUCUGAACUGUGCCACUUCCUCUUAAGUCUCUCUUUGGGAAACCACCGUGGAAAGAACUCCCUGCAUAUAGUAAGCUGAGUAAACCAGAGAGGAGGCUGUGCUGAACUGUUCCCCUUCUGAUGUUGCUUUAUGAAGGGAGCUCUUUACGUAGGAGAGUAUUUUUUUAAAAGACUGAAGGACUACAGUCCUGAAUUAUUCUAGUACCUCUUUCUAUAGAACAUCUCUGUCUCACAAAUUAAGUACAUAGGAAGCUGCCUCAUGCAGAGUCAGACCAUUGGUCGGUCUAUCUUAGUACUGCCUACACUGACUGGCAGCAGCUCUCCAGGGUUUCAGGCAGGAAUUUCUCCUAGCCCUACCUAGAGAAGCUGCAGGUUGAGAGCCUGGGACCUUCUGCAUGAAAGGCAGAUUUGCUAAGAGUCAAAUGUGGCAUUGCUGUAGAACGGAAGUGCCCUUGAAGUUACUCACCCCUAAAGUGCAAAUUGUGUAGUCUGACAUCAGGGUAUAUUAGUGGGCAGUAAGGUUGAGACCAAAGUUCACAGUGGGGACAGGCAGGCCUUCAAUUAUGUGGAGAACACAGGGGAGGGAGAUCCACCCAGAUCCUUGGAGUAUCCUUUUCACUCAAAGCCUUUCACAGAAACUGUCUUAAAGUUGUUCCUGUAGCCAUGAACACAUGGCUAACAUUUUUAAAAAUAAAAGACACACCAUGCCAUGCUUGGUCUCGAGGAUGCUUUAUAAAGUAAAAGGAAUGUUCCUACGGAGAGCAGAUUAUUUUGGGUGUUACUGAGGAUAUUAUGGGUCUGGGUGUACUUAGUUAGCUGUUUCACUGUUUGUCCUCUUCCUUGGUUCUGAACACCCUUGGGUCUUUGCACUAGAUCUGGAAUAUCGCCACCAACAAGCUGACCUUCCUCAACUCCUUCAAGAUGAAGAUGUCUGUCAUUCUGGGCAUCAUCCACAUGCUCUUUGGCGUCUCUCUCAGUCUGCUCAAUCACAUGUGAGUGUGCUCAUUUUAGUUUAGUAGUCAGUAGACAGGCUGAGAAGAUGCAGGACCAUAGAAAGCUGCCUUAUACUGAGCCCAGACCUUUGGUGUGCCUAGGACUGUACGGUCUGCACUGACUGGCAGCAGCUCUCCAGGGUUGGAGACAUAUCUCUUGUAUCCGUUGAUUGAAGGCAGGGUCUUAAAUUUCUUCUUUCCAUAUCCUCUAGCUACUUUAAGAAACCUCUGAACAUCUACCUCGGGUUUAUCCCUGAAAUAGUCUUCAUGACAUCACUGUUUGGCUAUCUGGUCAUCCUCAUUUUCUAUAAGUGGACAGCCUACGAUGCUAAUAACUCCAUGGAUGCACCAAGUCUUCUCAUCCACUUCAUCAACAUGUUUCUCUUCUCCUAUGAUCCCAAAGAAAAGAUGCUUUAUAAGGGACAGGUAGGUGGUUUGGUGAGGGCAAGAGCUGUUUUGCAGAAAGCAGCGCCUUCCUGGCUUUAAGUGUGGAGGGGAAUCUACUGCUGAGCUGGGAGGGAAAAGAAUCAUAGAAUUGGAAAGGAUCCUGAGGAUCAUCUAGUUCAACCCCCUUCAGUGCAGAAAUAUGCAGCUGUCCCGUAUGGGGAUCGAACCUGCAACCUUGGCAUUUCAGCAAGAACUACUCCUUUGCAAACCACAUGAAAACAUGCAGAAGCUCCCAUUUGUUGUGAAGUUUGUGCAGGAGCACACACAUCUGUAUCUGCUAGCAUUUAUGCAAUUAUUUAGAAUAUGAGUUUUGAUUUAAGAGCAAGUUUCUAGACCCUGUGGCAACAGGGAAGUGUGGGCAAGUUCUCCUGAAAGAAUCUGAAAGGGUUCUUCACUCAAACGCAGGCAGGAGGGCUUAAGGAACUGGAUGUGCUUGCCUGUUGGUGAUAAUCUCACUCCCUCAUCUCUGUUCCCCACAGAAAGGGCUCCAGUGCUUCCUGGUUGUGGUAGCAUUGCUGUGUGUGCCGUGGAUGCUGGUUGCCAAACCUCUGGUCCUUCGCCAGCAGUACUUGCGAAGAAAGCACUUGGUGGGUGAAUCUGUUUUUCCCUCUUUCCUUUGUAGGUCUUAUUUGUUCAGAUACUAGAGGCUUAGUCUGGAUUUCUGCGACGGAGAUCUGCAUCCAGAUGGAGCUCUGUUAGCACUUCAGUCCUAAGCAUACUUUCUUAGAAUGAAACGUAUUGGAAUCAUUGCGACUUACUUUCAGGUUUAGGAUUGCAGUUUAAAUCCUGCUUGCAGGCAGAGGCACAGCUGUAAUUUAGCAAACAGGCAGCAUCUCUCAUGACCACUGGUCACUUUCUGGAUCCAUCCGAAAUCCUGGUUCAUAUGCAUGCAUUUGCCACCCAUGGCUGGGAUCCACAGAGUUGCUUUAAGUGUGCCCCAACCCACUGGGAUUUUUAAAAAAACCUUUUCUUUUGACCAUCCGGCCCCUAUUUCACAAUAGGGGUUUCAGAAGAGAUUUCACAAUAGGGGUUUCAGAAGAGAUUUGCCCAUGUAGAGUGAGACGUUGCUGCUCAAGGCAGCAUGAACUCAAGCAGCCACUUGGGAGUGUGGAACUGGUGUGGUUCUGCUGGAGGAAAAUAGCCUUCCAUCAGCAGAGACAUUCAGAAUGGUUUAGUCCUGAAACCCGUCGUGCAGCUGGUGACGUUAAGCUUUUAAGGACACCAACCUGCUGCUGUGAUUCUCCAGAGACGUGGCGGCUGUGGUGUUCUUGUGGCAAGCUGUUAAAGAUGCAACAGCCCUUCAAAUUGCAGCUCGGUUAAAGACGCUCCCUCUUCCUUCUCUGACCAUCUCAUCUCCCCAUGACCCCUCCAUUCGUCUCCCUUCUUUUCUCUUUGUUUUUCUCCUCCUUUUCCCCUUUUCUUUCCUUCCAUUUGCUAUCAGGAAGGGCAGCCCGUGGAACCCCCUGUCAGCCCAGCCCAGAGUCCGCAGGCAGUAGAGGCAGCGGCGGCUGCAACAGUGAGUGGAUUAAAAGAUGCCAAAAGGAUGCACAUGGCGAGAACGGGAGGUGCCCAGGGGCCUUGGAAAGUAUCUGCCCCGAGGAGGAGGAACGGCACAGCGGCCCUUUCCUCGGAAAGAUACGUUCCAAGAAAUCUCAUUCUUUCCAAACCCUACACUCACGCGCUCAGGGGACACAAUGCAACCAUAUAAUGUGGUUGGAUUUCAAACUUUGGUGCGUAUGCCAAGGGUCUCCUGCAGUUGUGCUUGGCAGAGGACUCUAGGCAGUGCUCAAGGGUGUGCUGCCCUCAUUUCCUUGGAGUGCUGUCCAGGUUUGUUGGGGCCAGCCGCCGUUCUUCAUAAACUGAGUUGUAUGUGCUCAUGUCUUGGGAUGCGCCCAACUCUCCUCUGUGGAUGCACACUGCAGGGGAAAUUGGCAAGGAUAGACAACGCUGCCUUAUGGGCAGCUUCCCUGUCAUUAUAAAUGUUAAUUGUGGAACUCCUGCUAAGUGUCUAAGGAACCUCAGUUCCUGGGGCGCGCAGUUUGAAAACCACAGUUGCAGCACAAAGAGAUUCUUCGCCCGAGCGUGUGUAUGUGGGGGGGAACCCCCUCUUUCCAGAUGCCAAGGCCCUUGGCUUUUGCAUAGCUGCCACUUCUGCGGCUUUCCUCCCCUCCCUUUCUUCACAGUCCUCCCCAGGAUUUUUGUCUCUUGAGUACGUUUUUAAUUUGCAUCCCAUGUUUUCAGAGUGCCAUAACUGGUGGUGUCUCCUCAGCAAUGCCAUCCUUUCUGAGUUCACGUCUCUGGCCUUCACCAGUUUCUUGCUGCCUGCUAGCUAAUGGUCGCUUUGGGAAUCCUUGUGGCAGUGCACCGAGUUGCUGGCUGCCCACUUCAGUGCUGUUCUUAAUUGCGCCCACAACUCUCUGUGCCGUUGUGACAGUUGUAGUCUACCUACCGACGAUUGCUGUAGAGCAAAACAGCUGUUUGCAUUUCGGUAUGCUGUUGCACUCCAGAAAGUCUUCUGCAGUCAGUUGAAUGGCAUGCCAGGUUUUUGGAACAAAGCACGUGAUUAGUGCUGUGAAAUUGGGGUGUGGUAUUUAGCAGUUAACCCGGCAAAAAAAGUUGUGUGUUCUACAGUCUUGCUGCGAGAACAUGGAAUUUGCUGCUCAUGAAAAAUCUGGUAACGUCAGAAUUUCUUGCUUUCAUGUGGGAAAUGGUUUUAACCCUCAAGGCUACAAAGGCGGGUUGAAGAACAUAGGACCAGAAAGCCCAUUAGCCCAGCAUUCUUUCCAGAUGCCUCUUGGAGCUGGCAUGCUUGAACCUGAAGCUGAUAACCUUCUCAACAUCUGGUAUUCAGAGGUAUACUGCCUCUGAGUGUGGGCGUCCCAUUUGACUUUCAAGUAACUAUCUGUGAAAUCGGAAGCCAAUGGGAUGGGAAUAUCGCUAGGGCGAGGGUUUCUAGUGCAGCCUGCAGAUUCCACAGUAUGUCCCGUUAGACUUAUAAUAAUAAUAAUAAUAAUAAUAAUUUUUAUUUAUACCCCGUCCUCCCCAGCCAAGGCCGGGCUCAGAGCGGCUUACAAGCAAUAAUAAAAACAAGUUGAAUAAUUACAACUUAAAAACAAAAUUAAAAUACAACAUUUAAAUGUUGAAACAUUAAAAUAUUAAAAUGUAGCCUCAUCGCAGGAGGAGAUGGAAAGGAAAAAAGAAAGAGAGGGAGGGAAUCAAAUUGGCUCCAAGCCAAAGGCCAGGCGGAACAACUCUGUCUUACAGGCCCUGCGGAAAGAAAUCAGAUCCUGCAGGGCCCUGGUCUCAUGAGGCAGAGCGUUCCACCAGGCCGGAGCCAGUGUUGAAAAGGCCCUGGGCUCUGGUUGAAGCUAAUCUAACUUCCUUAGGGCCCGGGACCACUAGGGUGUUGCUAUUUAUGGACCUUGAGGCUCUCCGUGGGGCAUACCGGGAGAGGCGGUCCCGUAGGUACGAGGGUCCUAGGUCCUAGACUUAGAAACAAUAUGGGUUUCCUUUUUGCCAAUUUUUUAUAGAAUAUAUCAAAUCUAUUUCUGAAAGCAAAGGGUGUACACACAGACAGAUCUAUGUUCUUUUUUAAAAAAAUAAUACUGAUUAAUCUACAUUACAAAGAAUCCCUUAUGGACUUAUCAAAGUAAGUUGCCUUUAAGAACAAUCUAGUUAUUAAUGUAUUCCUUCCUAGCAUCUGAUGAAGGCUGCAGACAUUGGUGAGUCUCAAAUGGCUGAAUGUAUGCCCCAAAAAGGAGUGACUUGGCCUGGCCAGGCCUCCCCAUGUAAGGACAGGUCUGGUCUUCCCUGCUUGUGUUGUCGAAGAGCCAGACAGUGUCAACCAUACGCAGCAGCAGAGUUCAGGAGGCUUUGUGUCCAUUUCUUCACUUGCUAACAGAUUAUUUAUUUCAUAGGCCACUGAUUGCAUCUUUCUCUAGGGAAUAUUGUGAGAGUUCUUGCUGAUGUUGCAAACAUACAGGCUUUUUUUAAUAAAAAAAAGCAUUUGAGAUUCUUGAUUCCUGGCUCUCCUUCUCUCACUUCUCCUCUCUCCCCACCCCUCCAGCCCCUAACCCCUAGUUUCCCAUUUUGAGAGGUCCAGUGUCUGGUAAGCUCUCUACUUUAGACUAAUGUUGUUGUGCCAGCUUUUGCUGCCUUUGGAUUCGUAGCAGUGCAAUCUUAGGCUGUUCCGAAGAAGGAGGAGCCCUGGAAAACAGACCAAAGCAUGCUUUAGUAGCCAAAACACUUUAACAAAUUGCUCAGUUCUUGAUGCUCAAAAGUGCUGGAAACCUAUAAUUUGUUGUACUGGUACCCAUAAUUUGUUGCCUGAGGCAAGUCUCUCUCUCUCUCUCUCUCUCCCUCUCUCUCUCUCUCUCUCUCUCUCUCUCUCUCUCUCUCUCUCUCUCUCUUUUUCUCUCUCUCUCAUAUGGUAGGGCCAGUUCUGCUAAUGGCCCUGCAUGCCAAUUCCAUACUAAAACAUGAACCGAUUGUGUGUCUCCUCUUGUUUUCUCCUCUGUUGUCUGCUUUAGGGGACACUCAAUUUUGGUGGGAUCCGCGUGGGCAAUGGCCCAACUGAAGAAGAUGCAGAGAUAAUCCAGCACGACCAGCUUUCAACCCAUUCGGAGGAGGGGGAGGAGGUAAGACCUCCCAUUCUUUCUUUGUACAACAAACUUUCGUUUGGGAGAUGUUACAAGAAGGGGUGGACCUUUUAUGACCCUCCUUACAUAUAUUACCAGAUCAGACCAGGCCUGUAUCCAUUUACACUCUCUUGCAGCUGACAUUUACUCAAACUAGCCAAAGCAGACUGCUUGGAAACUGUGUUGCCCCAGUAACUGUUUUUCUUAAGACUAGGGAAGCUCAAUUUGACACUUGGGAACACUUCCUGUAGUGUCUUUGCUCUGGCACUUGGAAAAACCUGUGGGCAGCCCCCUUCAAAAGGUGGUUGUAAUAAGCUGAGGCUGUGUCUUAAGUUCUCAAUAGUUUGUGGUGGACGGGGGUCCCUUUCAAGGCGGGUAGUAAAGACUUCAGGUCAGAUUUGAGGGUCUGUUACAAUCUCCUCGCUUCCCCAUGGGAAACCUCUGAAUGGGCUGCAUCACUGCUGCCCUUGUCUGCAUGGGAGAAGGUCUUCCGAUUUUUCCAGGCAGUCCACUAUGUCUCAGGGUGGUGGGAGGUGCAUCUUAGCUGUGCAGGCUCUUGUUAUCCGCUGUUUGAAGAGGGCAUCCUUGUACGCUACCUUUGUGUACAAGGCAAUCUUACUGAGAUGGCUUAGACCCCUGAAACAUUAAUAAAAACUCAAGCAUACAGGAUCUCUGGUUAUAGUUGGUGAUGUGGCAGUUCAAAAUGUAAGCCAGUUGAGCAGUGUAAUGGGUCUUGUCCUGUCCUGAGGGCUGCUGUCCUAACAGAGGUUUUAGCCUUCAUAUAAAAUGAGCAUUCUCAGGGUUCCUUGCUGGAAAGCAGUUUUAAGUUCUCAGAAUAGGCAUUGCCAUUGGUGCAAAUGUAUGAACCUGCCAUAUCUUGAAUCAGACUGUUCCACCUAGCCUUAGUGCUGUCUACUUUUGAUUGACAGUGUCUCUCCAGAGUGUUAGGAAGUCUUUCCUAGCUCUACUUCCUGAGAUCCUUUGGAGAAUCCCUUAGAGAUGCCAGGGAUUAAAUGCGGGUCCUUAAUGCAUGCAGAGUAUGUGCUCUUAACUUUGAGCUUUGACACACACACCCCUACAAUGCACAAUGUACACUACAAGCUUUCAGAGUUUUUCACAACUGGUACACAAGAAGCACUGUAAAACUAGACUAAUAUCCCUCAAAUUGUGAUGAUAGGGCUGAAACUGAGAGCUGAUGGUUUGGCAAAUCAGUCUUGGCCUUCUCUCCCUUGGGGAGAAGUCACAGUUGUUACCAAUGCAAAAUGAAGUGGAAUGCAGCAACAGCAAUGAUACGAGCACAGUUGCAUUUUAGGAUAUUGCACUGAAAGAGGAUAUGCUCUUGUGUUAUCAAAUGAUGCAUGACCAAACCAAAUAUUCCCUUGUGUUUUCAAGCCUGCCGUGGAGGAGGUGGUAAGCCUGUAGCCAGUUUUUCUGUCUGUCUUUAUCCAGAUCAUUGCUCCCAUCACUGUAAACCAUUUUGUAGAAUUAGGCAUAUUUGCAUCUGUGACUUGAAAUUCUUUCUUCAUCUUUUCAUAGCAUCUCAUUUUGUGAUGCCUCCUUCUUGUAAUCAGAGGUCAAUAAUACCCAUUUCCAUAGAAAACAGCUUCAUAUUCAUUUAAAAACAAAAGACAUGUUUGUUUGAACAGCUGCAUGUUCUUAAUGGGGACCCACUGCCUUACCUUUGUGGUGUGGGUUGCAUAUUCGUCACUGUUAUGUGCACAACCUAUGCACCUCAAUAAUUUGUAGAACAGAAUCCCAAAAGUAGCAGAAGCCUUUGGAACGGGACAUGGACAUGUUUGUACCUUUAUUUUAAAAAGCCAACUUCCUCCAUCCCCUGAACUCCAGCGUGCCCCUUAAUUGCCAAAUUUCCAAUAUCCCUGGGGCCUGCUCUCCUGGGUCUUUUUGCUUAUUCCCAUGGCCGUUUCCUGAAAAUUCUGGCAAGACUUUACAACAGGAUCACUCAUUGGACAGUUCAUGCAACAUCUCACUGAGAGAGCUGACUACAGACACGCUGAGGUUAGUUUUUUUACAGUUGCUGGGAGGGAAAACCCACCCCACCUGGCAUUGACCUAUGGUUGAGCUAAGCUGAACCAUGGUUAGCACAAACACUUGAGCAUGCAGGUUCCAGAAGAGGAGAUCACAGUCACUUUGCUUCUGCUCCCAUCCUCUUGUUACUGCAGGUUUGGCCUGAGUGUCAUCAGAGCCUGGACUUGUGGUUCGUGCCACUCUAGACAAGCCACAAGCUAUCAUCAAGGUUUCUUGGUUUUACAGCUUGUGGUUUUUCUAGAGAAGACAAACCACGAGCCUGGGUUCAGAUGACACACUGAGCCAAACUGUGGCUUAGCUCACAGCAGUGCAGAGAAGGUGCAAAAUGACGUUCUCCCCAAGUUGGUUUAUUGUUCUGUGCAAAUUGAGCCAAUCAGUUGAUAAACAUUCAGAUUAGGAGUAACGGAUGCCAGUCUUCAGGUGGGGUGUUAAUGUUCACUAGCCACCUACUCAAAGUCAACAGGUCUGGACACAAUCCACCAGUAAAAGGGGGAGUUAGUGGAUUGGGAUUCCACAGCAUAUUUGCUCCUUGCUUUGACUUCUUUAUGAAUGACCUAUCACUUCAUCUAGCUUUUGUGGAGAGCCACCUCCCUGGCAGCCAACGAUAGCAAAAGUUAAAAAUAGACAUUUUAUCUUUGUGCCUCUGCCAAGAGAAAAUGCAGCAACCUCCACAUCACAGUCAGUUGACAAGAGGCUCUGAUCAUGGAUAUCAAUGCAGUGAUGGGAAAUGCUGGAUGGGCCCAGAAGGUUCUGCAUAGGAAAAGAGCAACGCUUGAAUUGUCCCCAUUGCCUUUGUACAAUAACCAUGGAAAUGCUGAGCAGUGCAGUCCUGAGGGGUCUGUUGCCAGGCUGCAAAAGUACGGAAAUUAACUUAGUAAGCAGUGCAUCGAAAGAACUGGAAUAUUGCUUAUAAUUUUAAUGUUGGUUUAUCCAUCUUCUGCUGCUGCAGCCAUCCUUUCAAUCACCUGCCGGCUCUUACAGCAUUGUGCUUUGUUGCUUGUCCUUCAAAUACAUGUUGGAGAUUGGCAGGGCACAGUGUCCUGCAGUUCUGGUGGAGUGCAGAAUGAGGCUUUGGGCACAGAAUUCAGCCGCCUGAAAAAGUCAGCUUUCACUUGCACUCCUCUUCUCCCCCCGCCCCCUACACGUUCCUAGUCCUCUUCACUGUGAUGGUAUGCCUGAACGUUUAUGGGCAAAUGCCUACUGAAAUGUCAGAAGCUGGGGUGGGGGGUGGAAUGUAGCUGAACAAACUGCCCUGCUUAUUGCAGGUGGGGAUUCAUUGCCUGCUACCAUUUCUUGUUGUCCUGCCCUGCCUGCCCCCCCCCCCAGCAUGACUAGCAAAAAACCCCAGGAUCAGUUAUAUAAUUAUAGUGGGGACGGGGGUGGGAACCCAUCAGACUCGAUUAUGCCAAAAGGAGGCCAAGCAAAUUUUGAUGUAGAGCAUGUGCAUCCCUGGAGUCUAGUAAUUUCAUAGCUUGCUUGGCACACUCUCAUCAGGGCAGCUUUUGCUAAGAAUUUUUGUUUCUUGGUUCCAAAGCUUGAGGCCUAAAUGUUAACAAGUAGCUUGCCUUCCUCAGUCUGAAAUGUUUGCUGUGCUGGAUACUGGAGGGGAAUGAGAGAGCGCUCAGUUCACCUUUAUCUUGGAACAGUUUUGAAACUUGGCAGCUUUAGCUGGGUGUAGUCCGUUUGAUUGCUAGAAGACUCCAGAGAUUCUGAGAUGUGGCAGACAAAAAUACUAAGAUGGGAUUUUUCACAACUUUGAUUUUGCAACACUUAAUCUCUCUCUGGUCACUUCUCCUCCUCCUAGUUGUUAUUCAAACCUUCGCCACAGUGACUUAAGCAGCAUUUCCUAAGAGGAUUUGGGGACGGUGGGGGAUGACAGGGUGGCAAGCAAGAGGGGACAGCAGGCUUAACCAAAUCUCAGCAGAGGCAAGCAAGGUCCUGUCUGGCACCCAGUUUUGUAAUGGAAAUGUGAGCCUCGCCUGAUUGUAUGCCGACAUUAGUUGUUCCUAAUUAAGUCCAUUUCCCUUGCAGUCUGUCACUUCUGGAUUCCAAGGCCACUUGAGUGCCUAUUAAUGCCAGGCAAAUAAGGAUUCUGCCAUAGACACAUGGAUAGAGUGACUCCUGCUGUCUGUGCCUGAUCCAGCUACCAAAUCUUAGCUUUCAGUUUACCACCAAGAAGGGCAGGGCUGAGGAACAUUCAAGUUGAGUCUUAGAUCUGAACAAGCCAUUGAACACUUGUACAUUUUAAUGGCGCUGAGUGUCCUGCAGUUUUGAGUUGUGUUGAGCAAGUGAUCCUCCCAAGUCUUGGUGAACAGAGAGGGAAAUAGUCCGGCCAGCAUUCUAGCUGUGAGCUUUGAGUGCCCUUGCAAUAGAGUUAGUUGCUGUUGCUGCUACUGCUGCUGUUCCUGCUUUCUAGCUAUCUAGUCGUUGCUGCACACUCUGCCCCCCGCUCAGACCUGGCUUUAUUACUUCCUCUUGCAGUUUGACUUUGGGGACACUGCUGUUCACCAGGCCAUCCAUACCAUCGAAUACUGCCUGGGCUGCAUCUCCAACACAGCGUCAUACCUUCGCCUCUGGGCGCUUAGCCUGGCGCAUGCACGUGAGUAGCUUCACCAUGGCUGGCUCUUUUGAGUCCAGGGAUGAGGAAGGGGAAAUCUGAGCUGUGAGAAUUGGGGGAAGGUGUCACAAGCCCUUUUUCCUGUGGUAGUAGCCAAUGACUUUUGUGUACUCUCAUUCCAGGUCGUGUCAUGUAGAGAGGGCUAGAAGACUAUGUAGCAGUCUCCUCUCUGCCCAGUAUCUUUUUUUGCCCACCCAAAAUUCUUAUUGAAAUCUUCUGAAUUCUCUGAAGGGGAGCAUUGGGUAGCUUGUGAGAAUGAGUUCGAAAUGUCCACAGAGUGCAGAAUUUGGACCCUAAGCAGGAGGAGGCUUUGCUUUUUCUUAAAAGGAAAAUUGGUCUGGGGUGUGAUUUAGGAGCACAGCUCACUUUGGGAACUCAUCCAGCUUCCGAAAUCUCACUUUUAUUAGAGCAGUGGGCACUGUCCUCCAAAGAGGAGCAGCUAGAGUGAAGGCAGGCAUGCAAUCCCCUCUCCUCCAGAGCUGUGGCCCUUGCUGAUUGGUGAUCAUUGUUCCUGUCUUUCUCAUCACAGAACUUUCUGAGGUCCUCUGGUCCAUGGUGAUGCGUGUGGGGCUCAGCGCAAAGAGCUUGGCUGGUGGGUUCGGUAUGUUCUUCGUAUUUGCUGCCUUUGCCACCCUGACAGUCGCCAUCUUGCUGAUCAUGGAGGGCCUCUCUGCUUUCCUGCAUGCCCUCCGCUUGCACUGGUAAGUGUCAUCUGGUACAGCUCUGCACUGCAAACAAACAAAAGCACAGUGGGUACAAAGUCUGCAUCAUGUUUGAUCUCUGUCAUCUCUACUUAAAGUAUCUCAAGAAGCAUGGCUGGGAAGUGCUCCUGCCUGAACCCUGGGAGAGCUGCUGGCAGUCAGAGUAGACAUUGCUGGACAAAUGAACUCAGGUUUAGGCUGGAGAGAGGACAGCUUUAUUUGUUCAGGUCUAGUCAAGCUAAUAUCCAUAUUUCUCAGAUGCAUGGUUAUUUGUUCUGAUUGUGCUUUUUCCUUGUCCAGCAUCAGCUUACUUUCUGGGGGCUUUUCUAAGUUCAAAGGGGGUGUCCCUCCUGUAUUUUAACUACUUGCAGGAUAAACCUGGAAGUCCUCAGAUGUGCAAUAUCUAGUGCAUAUAGAAUGAAUGAAUGAAUUUUAUUAUUUCGGUCACAGACCAGUUCCAGCCCACAUACAAUAUCAAGGAAGUCAUAAAACAUGAUAGGGAUACAUUUGAAUUUGCAAUUAGGUAUAACAGGGACAAUACAGAUAUAGCAACAGUUUAAAAAUAUAUAAAUUAAAACUUAGUCACUAACAUAUAACCUAAAAUUAUCAUUUAAAACCUUAAUCAUUAUGAUAGCGCAACUUGUUCCCUAAGUUUUAUGGCAAUCACACAAGUGCAUAUAGAAUAGAUUGAGGCUGGGGUUAGCUGUGCUGCCGACAUCAUCAUCUUAAAGAGUGGUCAAUGUGCACUGCGAAGCAUGAAUGAGUGAGAGAGUUCUUUACCUGCAGAUAGGUUCAAUUGGGGGUUGAAACUGGCUGGUCUCAAACCAAAUCUGAAGGAGUCCCUUUUUGGUCAACUUACAAGCAAGGCCUUGCAUAAACCCAGCCAGCACUUUGGAUCCCAGGAGCUGCCCAUAGAAAACUGCUGUAGUUUGCAAAAAGGAUGGCAUGCAAAGUCUUCCAUGCUGUUCACUAAGAUCAUAGGCAUAGCACUACUGGAUCAGAACUAAGAUCCAUUUGCAGGCACAUGCAAACAGCUAGAAUAGUUUUAAGGACAGUACAGUAGACAAAACUGAAGCCGGCCGUUCAUCUUGUUUUGUUCUUUAAACCCAAGGCAGAUAUCUUUACAUCCAGCUGGAAAAGCUUGUCAGAACAAAAAAGAACAACUAAUGGGUGCCUGGUAUAUCUCAGCAUUAUAAAAAAAAAUAUUCACUAUCCAUACACCAUGAUUUCAUAAACUUUUGCCACCCUGUCCCUUUUUCUAAACUAAAAAUUCCCAAUUCUUGCAGAAAGUGCUUCAGCCUCUAGAAUCAUUUUGCUGUAGAAGCAGAAUAGUGUAAACUUAAAUGAAUGGACACAUAUAGUAAGUUUGUAUGCCGUUGAUGAAUAAUUAUGAUGACCAUGUUGUGUCAACACUUACAUGUGCAGUAGCAGUUUUCUUACAUUUUAGAGCUGUAGGCUGCCUCCAGAAUCCAGCUUGAUUUUUCCUAACCCAGCUUUAACUCCUGCUCUCGGUAGGCCUGGCUUGUGACGUUUGUUUUCAUGACCCUACUUCAAGUUUCAGUGGCUGGUUUGACUGGGCUCCAUUCCUUGUCAGGAAAGCCCAUCUUAGCAGAACAAUAGCAGCUGCACCCCAAGCAAUCAUGACAUCAGCCGUUAUCUUGAUCUUGUGCUAGGGGCCAGGGAUUGCUGUCCUGGCCCAGCCUUUUCUUCUCUGUGCCAAGUUCAAAACAAAUAAGCUUCCAGCAGGGGCCAGCUGUGUCUGGAGAUAGGAGCGGUUGAGUCAUUCUGCUGUAGGGCAGGAGUUGCUGUCAAUAUCUGGGAGUGUACAGGAAUCCCCACUGCUGAUUUAAGUGACUCUUAACUGAAAACUUUGAGGAGAAAGCCAGAGAGACAACUUUGGAGUUCUUUCAAGGUGCUGUUUUCAAUCAGUACAAAGCAAGUGGCUGGAGUGUGUGUUGGGGUGGGGGUGGGGGUGGGGGGUGGAGGAGAGGUUCCCUGUUGCAUCAGUUGAUCAUAAUUUGGAUAGCCGGUGAUGAGCUGCAGCCAAACCAUUCUCAGCAAGGUUUUCGCAAAGGGUGAAAAAUUGCACAUAGGUUAUUUAGAGGUGCAAAAUAAUGAACCUUCUGCUCCUCACAUAUAAAUCCCUUUCCAGAUUGCAAUAUCCACUUCCAUUGGGGGGUAACGACUCCAUUAGAAAAUUACUAUGAGCUGUUUUCGAUCUGUUGUGCAUGUGCGUUUUUUUAAAAAAGGCAGAUGGCAAAGUUCUUUAAGGGGGGGGAAUAAAUUAGGGAGUUUGACUGCUGAGGUGCCUAAAUUCAGUGCUAAGAUGUGGAACUUGCAGCUCAUGCAUCUCUUCCCUUUAGCAGUGGAAUCUGCAAGGUGGUGACACACACAUAUGGAAGGUAGAGUGGAGGGAGGAGACUUUGCAGAUUAUGUUGGCCUCAGCAAAUGGUCUUUAUACUGAGUCAGACCAUUGGUUCAUCCAGCCCAGUUCUUCCACUGGCACCAACCCUCCCAAGCUCCCAUGUCGAGCUCUGUUAACCUGGAACCCAUCUGAUUUGGUGAUGCCAAGGAUUGCACCUUGAACCAUCUGCAUGCAAAUGAUUUGCUUUACCGCAGAGCCUUGUUGCUUCCUCUUAGAAUUCAAAAGCUGAGGUGUGUCACCUUUUGCUGGAGAGGAAGAACAGUGAAUCUUCUUUCCUGCUGGAAAAAAUGCUUUCCAUCUCUCCUUCCUCAGCCCGGCCACUCCCGGCUGGGAUGGGUUUAUCUCGUAACUUUUCAGGCAGCAGUACAUUCCAAGCAGAUGGUUGCCUUGGCUGAAAAACAAAUAGUUUUGCAAAGCGGGGGCUUCCUUAUCUCCGCGGCUGUGUGGGAAGCAAGUGUGUAUUUCGCUGCCAGUGCCAUUGGCUGAUCAUGCUCUACCCCCUUAGCUGCACAAAGGGCCCUUUUGACAUUUAGUUUGCAGCCAAAGGCAUGUUGGAGUUCAUUGUCUUGCCACCUGAGACCUUAGGAGGGCUGAGAUGGAGGGCAGGAUGGAGAUGUGCUCCGGGGAUUGAUGCACAGCUGGAAUGGGAGUUUCCCUACACCUUGGGCGUAAAAAGAGAGCGAUGGCAAUGCAGUCCUCUUCUCUCUGCUUUUCUGUGUCUUAAUAACUGGCAUGCAGUAGAACCCUUCAGCCUUAGGGAACUGAGUUCCAAAAAAGAUAACUGAGGCCAGGAAAGCAGAAUGAAAGUUAUCCAGUUGGCCGGCGCUGCACGAUGCACAGGAGGCGAGACUUGUUCCAGUUGGAGAGGGCGAGAUCUUUGGCUAAAAGCAAGGAACCACCUUAGCUCCAGAUGGCUGGGCCAGGAGGUUGGGGGGCGGGGGAAGGAGGCUCAGGUAAUUAGGUGCCAGUGGGGAGCUACACAUUCCAUGGCUGGAAGGAGCGGAACAUUGGAACAUUCCGUUGAGGGAGGAUGUUCUGUGGAACUGUGUGUGUCUCCGUGUGUAUACACUUAAUUUGAUACAGGCCUUAGUAGAAUCUGAGCUAAACUCGAAAGGGGAGAGGGAUUGUGUUCCUCUGCUCCUGCAGUCUUCAAAGAAGGGAGGGGACCUCCAAGUAUGCGUGAUCUUGUCUAGCAGUAAGAUACAAUCACCAGCUCCUCUCUUGAAAUCAUGCAAGGCCUUCUGGGGUUGCAAUCUUUUGACUCGGUGCUACCCAUCUCCUCCUCUUGCCCGGGAGGGUGGGAAAGGGGGACUUUUUUGUUCCUGACCACCUGCAAUUUCUCCGUCCACCAUCUAAUCCUGCAAAUGGGAGCCCCUUCCAACCGCUUUCCACGCCUCUACUUGGGGCAUGUGGAAGGUAAUGUUUCCAGACACAGUGUUCCCUGGACCCAACGGCUGGCAAUUCAUAAAGUUCCUGGGCUGAAUUGCUGCGUGCCCAUUGGAGAACAGUGAAACUGAGACCGAGGAGCUCCCCCACCCCACCCCUUUGGAUGUGAACCACAAAUUUCUUGCCUGCCUCUUGAUCACGCAAUGCCUGUCGCCAGAGACAUGAGUCUUGAAACUCGCUAACUUCUUUUUAAAAAGGCUUGAAAUAUGGCCGCCCCUCCCUCCCGCUAGCCCCGUGUCCCUGCCAAUUAGUGAAACAAGUGGAGAGGAGCAGAGCGCGCAGCUGUUUCCAGUCUGUAAGUGCAGCUGGCACACCCUGGAUAUGCUGGGAAUGCUUGGCGGUCUGGCAGCGCAACUGGUAUUCUCAGUCAGGGGGGAGCUGUUCGCCGUCCAAGCGACGUGGGCAUGCUGGCGGGGGCAAAGAGAGCGGAGGUGGUGGUGGCGGGCUGUUGCAAUCCUCUGCCCUUUCGCUCUGCAAUGGUCUUCCCUUCUUAGCUUAUCAGAGGCUGCAUUUUGCUUGCAUCUGGGGUAUAUCGCUUCAGGCUAUGGGUGGGCGGCUCAUGUGACUGAGCUCUCCUUCUUAACAUGCACAAAUCUCUGCAUGUAGAAAGGUGGUGUAUCAGGAAGAAGAGCUCUAGCAUAACCUUUGCCCUGAUGCACUAGUCUUCUGUGUGCAAGGAUUUUGCUCGUGUGGGUUUGGCAGGCGAAUUGUGAAAUUGGAGAUUUUGCAAAGGGAGAGAAGGCUAGUUCAUAUUGGUAGCUGGCAAAUUCCAUCUGUGCCUUUUGCCUUUUGGGGGAAGGUGUUGCAUUUGCUUGCAAAGGUGUAUGAGAGUUUGCUUGAUCCAUUAUGCCUUCUCACUGCCCCUGAGUUAAAUGAAGUUUCUCUGUGUUCUCUGGUGUAUUUGGGUUUGCAAGAUGGAUGUUAGUCUUUAAAAAGAAUCCUGCACUUGAAACAUUCCACCCUAGAGGAGCAGCGGCAGCAAAUCAACUCGUACUCGGUUUUUCUCUGUAUCUGGCAGAUGAAGGGGAUGGAAAAUGUUUCUCACCACAGAGCCAAGAGAAGAGCACGGGGUUUGUUUUCUUAAUGAAUCAUGGGGUUUUUCUUUCCAUGUUUGGUGCCUGUUUAUGAUUGGGCAGCCUUCCAGUACCAUUCCCUUUACAUUUUGAGUUCAUUAGUGGAAACGGCAAAACAGCAAAAGAAACAAACCAAUCCUGGAAUGCAGGCCUCUGUUCCUUUCUCUGGUGUUUCCCUGUGGCACCCUGAAGUUGGUGAUGGAAGAAGAGGGGCUCCAGACUGCUCUAGUUCAAAAGAAAGACGUCUCAUUUGCCGUGACUUAGAUGGGCAUUUAGAAUAGUUUUUGGAGUGCAGCUGAAACGAACUGUGACCUUGCUUUUUGUAUGGUAUUCCAGUACUGAAUCUUUACCUUUUUUGCCAAAAUGGAAGAUUUUCAUUCCACUUUGUGAAAUGUAUCGAAGCCUAAUCAACUUGAAUCGUUCCCUUCCCUUUUCUUUUUGAGGGGAACAUCAUAGGUUAGGGAAGACAUGAUAACAGUGACCCUGACUUGGCUGGGUGAACCUAAGACUUUGGAUUGAUGUCCAGGUAAUGGCCUUCCACGAAAUCACUACUGGGAGAAUGUGGCAUACUUGCAAAGUUCCCUGGCAUAGAUACAACCCCGAAGGCCUUGCAAGAACUGGGAGGGGGGAAUCCGGGUACCUAUGCCAUGUUGUGCUACACCCCUGUGGUUUAUUUGAAAAAGGCCUUGGGAGACCUCAGUUCAAACCCCUCUCGUCUAUGAUGCGUUAGGAUCAGUGACUAUAUUUCAGCCUAGCCUGCCUCACAGUGAAUGGCGAGGAUAAAAUAUGAUAACCUCCAUGUAUUGCCCUGAACAAUUUGGAGGAAGGUGGAAUACAAAUACGGUAUACACCACAUGAAGCGCUCUCUCUCUCUUGCUCUCUCUGUAUGUGUGUUAGAAUCUUGGCUGGUUCUGAGGUGGGUGUCUAACUGGUCACCCCUGGGAAUUUCAAGAAAAUCAUCAUCUGUGGGAGGAUGCAGAAUGCUCUUUGGAAUUCUGAACCAUCAAAUCAUCCUGACCUCAGAGAUGAGGAAUAGGAUUCUGCAUCGCUGACAGUCCAGAAUUCUAAAGAGCCUGUCCUUGCAGGGGUUGUCACUCACGGUUCUUCUGGGGUAUAUCCAUGAAAGCUGCUUCGGUGCCUGGUUUCCUGUUGUGAUGCUAAACCAGAUGCAGAGGAGAGAGUCUAAAGUAGUGCUGUGUUGGGCAUUCAGUCCAGGUGUGCCCCUUGCCCUGAGCCUCCUAGACACAUGGUUUAGCAGAGAUAGACAUAACCACAAUGAUUGUGUUUUUCCUCCAUUGUCAGAGGUAGUGUGUCCCCUGAAUGCCCACUUCUUGGACUCACGAGUGGAUAGAGUGCUGUUGCGCCCAGGUCCUGCUUUGGGGCUCCGCAUGGGAAUGGGGUUAACCACUGUGAGAACAGGGGGCUGGACUAGAUGGGCCUUUAGCCGGAUCCACUUUAAGGACACAUCCCAUCCACCCAGAAGUGCUUGAGAGAGGUGUGGAGCAGGGCCAGUGAGAGUCCAGAGGGAUGGAUAGAGGGGCCUGUAUUCAGCCACCAGACCUGAGGUUCCCCAUUCCUACGUUUGGGCAUAGAGUGCUGUUAUCGCUUGCAUGCCUGAGUCCUUGCACUGAUACCCACUCACAUUUGCUGCAAUUUGAACCUUCUGCAAAGGCAACCGGGAGGGGGGCUGUGGGUUUAAACUUGGACAGGGAAUUGGGAUAUCUGAAACGGUACAUUGCAGUAGUAAAACAUGAAUGCCAUAGAAAGGAUAAGGUCACUGCCACUUUUGAAUCUCGAAAUUCUUUGACAUGCCUCCUGAGCUGAUGGUUGUUUGCUUCUUGUGUUCCUUUUUUUGUUUCUCACUAGGGUGGAAUUUCAGAACAAGUUCUACAUGGGCGCCGGGUUCAAGUUCCUCCCUUUCUCAUUUGACAACAUCCGGGAUGGGAGAUUUGAUGAAUGAUCCUCUUGAGGCCAGUUGGAUGGAUGUGUGGCAGUAAACCUUGGCUCCCUCCUGCAUGUGUUUGUGUUUACCUGUGUGUGAUAAAUCUGAAGUUGUAUAGCUCUCCGUUUGUGUAGUCGAGCUGCUAGUGUGACAAUAUCGUGCUUUUCUCAUGAGAACCCCACUCAAAGGAGAAAGGGAAUAAUAGGAAAAACCUAAGAAUCAUAAGAAAAUAUUGUUCCUGUAAUCACCUUGGCAGGUCCUGGGGUGUGGCAGUGUCCUUCAAGUUGCACAGACAGAGACUACCGUGGAGGAGCACAUCCUAACCACCUGCAGCCUCUUAAUAACAAGCAUGUUAGCUGCUCAGUUUGGUACCAGAAAGUGAAGUGCAGUUCAAGAACACACAGGACUAGAAACUUGUAUAAGCCAUUAUUCCUCAGUCCAACCACACACACUUAUCUCUCCUGACCUCUAGAGCAGCACACUGGACUACUAGCAACAAGUCCCAGAUUUGCCCUGUGCAAAAGUUGAAUUCCAGCUUUAUGCCUAUCCAGCGAUUUGCUGGGGGCAGAGUUUCCUCUUUUACUAGCACUUUUUCUCCCAUAACCUCAGUUAAAUUGCCAUCAUAAAAUUGCUUAAAAGGCAACACACAUGACAGGCAAGAGAGCUCCCACCCCACCUGCGCCUGCCACACGUCCUAGCUUGAAGCUUGACCUCUGAGCAGAGCAUUGGCUGCUAUUCCCUCCCCCUCUCAUUGCUCUUGCUCUACUGCUUGUAAGCUACAUUUUGUCCCCUCUUCUCUGCCUCGCCCCUCUGUGUGGGCGUAAUCCUCUAGGAAACUCUGACCAAAAGCAAAGGAUUCUUUGGGAAAGGUGACCCCCCACAUGGCAUUACAACUGGAUGUUUUUGGAGCUGUCGUUCCCUGGACAAGAGCAGGCCGGCGAGGGAGGGAGGGAGUUUGCUUGCCUGCCCCAUUGCAGAGCCGACUUGUGCCUGGCUCUGCAGGAUUAGUUAAUAAGGAAAUUUUGACUCACCCUGCCUGCAACUCUGAAUGGCUUGUUUUGUUCCAAGGAAACUGAGGGACUUUCACCUCCAGGAAGCUCCUAUGUAACCCUGACAUUACUAGAUGGAAAGAAGCAGGGUGGGGAAACCUGCACACCCCGAUUACUACUGAGCAUUUGUAGAAGCCAUCCACAGCAGCCCUUGUGUAUUUUAGGGUGGGCUUCCCUAGGAAAAUAGGAAUCUCCCAAGGGCGGGCAGCAUCUGCCUUCCCUUUGCCAUAGGAAAGAGGCUCGGCUUUCUGUGCCUCUGUAUGCUGAGUAUUUAUAUGAUUCGUGUGUAUUUGUGUGACUUAAGCAUGCACUGUUCUAGAAUUGUCUCGGUAUGAGUCCACCUGUGUCACGCACUAAAGGCAAGAGCACUGGAACUGGUGUGGCAACUUUAUGGGCAGGUGCUAAUCCCUUAUUUGCUCUUGAGUAGAGACUCUGAAGUAUCAGGUGCUGCCAUGUGUAUGUGUGAAAUAGAGAGCAACCGGUCAUUGUGUUUACUGUUACUGUUUUGGACAAGUGAAGUAUUCCCUCCCCCCGCUGGUCCUCAUCAGUCAAUCACUGUGUCUAUUAAACUAGUUCAUCUCAUCUC